GGGGCACGUCUCCCUGUAGGGAAGGGUUGGAGGAGGAAUGGGGGGUCUCCCUGGGGAUCCACCACAGCACAGUUAGCAGGGGGUGCACUGGGGUCUCAUCUGCCCAGGUUCCUGGCCCACCCUCCUCCCCGCAGGAGCCGAGGGCUGUGGGUUGUGCUUACGUGAGGUGACUGCAGCAUGUGGUCCCCUCUCUUCUCCCCUGGGGGCGGGACUGUGUGUGUGCAGGUGGGGGUGUUUUGGUAGGGUCUAGUUAAAUGUCCUUGCUGCUCUGGGUUCUGUCAGUGAAGGCCACUGGGAGCAGCACCUGGCCCUUGGAGGGGAAGGCUGGGAUGAACCGUAGUUCCCAGGACAGUUCGUUCCCUGGGCUGUGACCGGCCCUGGAGGAGGCUCUGUCUCCUGCACAGACCAGCAUUGCCUGGUGGCAGAGAGUCCCCCUGGCCCAAGGAGUGGAACUGUCAACCCCGGUCCCGCUCCCAGGGCUUUAGGCUCUGUUAGAUACGCCGGGCCCAGGCCAUGGAGCGCUGAGAUGCGCCUGACCCAGCCCUGGUCUCUUGUCCAUGGGGUGCCAGUGCAGGCCCCGCUUGGAAGCGGAGCUCUCCGAGGUCAUGCUGGUCAAGAACGAGGUCAACUACGCGCUCAACAACCUGUGCAGCUGGAUGAAGGACGAGUUUGUGGUGAAGAAUCUGGUUACUCAGCUCGACACGGCCUUCAUCCGGAAGGAGCCCCACGGAGUGGUGCUGAUCAUCGGGCCCUGGAACUACCCCUUGCACCUCAUCCUGGUGCCCCUUGUUGGGGCCAUCGCUGCUGGGAACUGUGUCAUCAUCAAACCCUCCGAAAUCAGCAGCAGCACUGAGAAGCUCGUGGCCGAGGUGCUGCCCAGCUACCUGGACAAGGACUGCUUUGCUGUGGUGACUGGGGGCCCCACGGAGACCACCCAGCUGCUGGAGAACAAGUUUGACUACAUCUUCUUCACUGGCAACCCCCAAGUGGGCAAGAUCGUGAUGGCAGCUGCGGCCACGCACCUGACGCCGCUGACGCUGGAGCUGGGGGGCAAGAACCCCUGCUACGUGGCUGACGAGAGCGACAUGCAGAAUGUGGCCAACCGGCUGGUUUGGGGGCGAUGCUUCAACGCGGGGCAGACCUGCGUCGCGCCCGACUACGUGCUGUGCAGCGCGGAGACGCAGGAGAAGCUGCUGCCCGCCCUGCGUCACGCCAUCACCCAGUUCUUCGGCCCCGACCCCCGGGAGUCGCCCGACUUCGCCCGCAUCAUCAGUGACAAGCAGUUCCAGCGCAUCCGGGCCCUGCUGGGCAGCGGGCGCGUGGCCAUCGGGGGGCAGACGGACGAGAAGGAGCGCUACAUUGCCCCCACGGUGCUGGUGGACGUGCAGCCGUCGGAGCCUGCCAUGCAGGAGGAGAUCUUCGGGCCCGUCCUGCCCAUCGUCACCGUGCCCAACGUGGACGAAGCCAUCGCCUUCAUCAACAGCCGGGAGCGGCCGCUGGUCGUGUACGUCUUCGCCGCCGACAGCAAGCUGGUGCACCAGGUGCUGGAGCGGACGAGCAGCGGUGGUUUUGGUGCCAACGACCCCAUAAUGCAUAUGACGCUGCUCUCGCUGCCCUUCGGUGGGAUUGGGAACAGUGGGCUAGGCUCGUACCACGGCAAGUUCAGCUUUGACACCUUCUCUCACCACCGCGCCUGCCUCCUGCGCAGCAUGGGCCUGGAGACCAUGAACUCCCUGCGCUACCCACCCUACAGCGAGCGCAAAAUGGGGCUGCUAUCUUCUGCCUCCGAGAUCAAGCGCAAGGGUACCUGCGCCCUGCUGUGACGGGAGCGUCGGGCCCGCCCAACCCAGCCGCCCAGCACCGUACAACCCACAGGCUGCCUGACUGCCAUGGGGGAGAAGGCCUGGCUGACCUUAGGAGGGCCCCUCCAAAGGGGCUAAAUAGUCUUCGUCCGACUCCUUCAUCUUCCUGGGAAGAGGGGCACAGCUUCCUCUAUCCCAUCUCUGGGAGCUCCUGCCCCUCCUAGCCCAGCCUCUUGCUUCCCCAUCUCCAGCUGCUUGGGUAUUAGGGAGAGAGCUUCCCCUGUGUCUCUGAGCUGCCCCCACCCCACUGCCCCCAUGGAGACAGAUGCUGGGAGGGGGGAAAUGCCAAGGGGGCUGCCUAGGAAUGACCCCUCCAGGCCAGGUGUCUGCCUCACGCGGGAGACAUGUAGGCCCUGUAAUCCCAGUGGUGCCCUCCCACACCGGUGCCCCCCCAAGACUGCUGCUGUGUUGCCCAGGAAGGGCAGUGCCAUCCUCUCAGUGCAUGUUUCGGGAGGGCAGGUGUCCCGGAGCCGAAGGACCCUGCUCCGAGCGGGACGAGGGCCACAGGGGCAGUAAGGGCAGUUAGCAACCCAGCCUGCUCUCAGGGAAUCGCUCCUGCCUCAGACAUGCCCGCUGUGCUCGCUUAGCCUCAUUCUCCCAUCGUGCUCUGUGCUCUUUGCCCAUCGCUGCCUUUGCCCCCUGCUCUGUGCUUCGCCCUGUGUAGAUUUUGGUUUAGUAAAGACUCAGCGUUGAACUCGCCUGCCUGGUCUGGUCCUGCAGGUCCUUCGCCCUCCCUGGCUCUGGCUCGGCGGGCAGCAUAGGCGGGGCUGGGGGGAGGGCCCCAGAGAGGGGACAGGCACAGCAGCCAGCAGGGCCAGCGUCGCCCCCCGGUCUUCUCCCUGCUGCCAAGGAGCAGCUUGUGGGAGAAUGAAAGACAGGGAGCAACAGCCAGCAUGGGGGAGCGGGGGGAACCCUGCGGGUUGGGAUUGAGGGGCACUAGCAGGCAGGGCUUGUGCAGCAGAGGUCUGUGGGUCAGCAUUGAGGGCACUGGCAUAGCUGGGGGUAGGAGAAGCCUAGGGAUGGGCCAGCAGGGAGCUGAGGGUCAGGAUUAAGGGCUAUUGGAAGAGCUGUAGGGGGAGCCCAAGACUGGGAUAAGAGGGGGCUGUGGGUGGCCCCAGUGGGCUAAAUUUAAAGUGUGCAUUAAUUUUCAAGUGGCCCAAGCCAGCUCUUCUGUUCUUCCCCAUGGCCACAGCUCAGUGCCUCUGGGGCCAGGCACUCGAGGGCGAAGCCCCUGAGAGCUGGCUGUGGGCUCUCUGGGCAGUGGGGGUGUGGAAUUCCUUAGCAGGGCCAGCCGCAAACCAAGGUUCCUCAUGGCAGAGCUGGGAGUAGCCCCCGGGUGCCCAGGGGGACAGACUGGGUGGCUGAGCCCUGCAGCGCAGACUGACUGUGCCACAUCACUGUCUGCGUACGCGCAGACAUAGCCCCUCGGCCACACGUAUCUCCUCGGGCCCGAAACAAAACCCACGCCCAUGAGCCCUGGCAAACAGCGAAUCCCACGGGCCAAGGCUAGGUCCCCUCUGCUGUGGUUGACCCCCACAGCCUUUGUGCUCAUAGCUGGGGCUAAGGGGCCCAGGUUCAAAGGCUGCUUAGGAGACUCCCUCCCAUUUUAGUGCACAUGAAGGAGUCUGUGUUGUUCCAGUUUCCUUUUCAUCUCACCUGUGGAAUUGGCCCAGCGAGAAGAACAGGGACUGACCCGCCGGGAACUGCUCCUACAGCCGCUGGGUCAGGGUAUUCCACUUCAGAUGGGCAUGUGCCCUCAUGCACAGUGGUAGUGUCCAGUGGGGCCAUGACCGUGCUCCAUAGAUGAGGACACAAAGUGCCUCACCCAUCCCCCCACCUAGCUAAAAACAGCUCCCAUCACCUCACCCAUCCAUAGGUGCCAACUCCUGCUCGCACCAGUGGGUGCUCAACCCCCCUCUACCCCCAGCCCCGCCCCGACUCCAUCCCUGCCCUGCCGCCCCUGCCUCGACCCCAUUCCAACCCCUUCCCCAAAGUCCCCGCCCCCUCCCUGCCCCUAUUCUGACUCCUUCCUGAAAUCCCCACCCCAGUCCCACCUCCUCCCCUGAGCAUGCCACGUUCCUGCUCCUCUCUGCUCCCUCCCGGAGCUUGCUAUGCUGCCAAACAACUGUUUGGCAGCAGCAAGCGCUGGGAAGUAGGCGGAGGAGCGGGGAUGCAGCACACUCGGAGGAUGUGGGGGGUGGGGAGGGGUGCUUGGCUGCCAGUGGAUGCAGAGCACCCACUAAUUUUUCCCUGUGGGUGCUCCAGCCCUGGAGCACCCACAGAGUCAGUGCCUAUGCACCCAUCCCCCUCCACCCAGGCUGACAACCCCCAUUGCCUCACCCAUCCUGCCUUGUCUAGCCACAACCACAUCCCAGUCCUUGUCCCCCCAUUAAAAACCAUUCUGAAUGAGAUUUAGGAAUUGUUUAAAAACAUUUCAUUAGAUACCCAAAGAAGUCACAAUCCAGAAUAAAGACCACACUGGCAAA